CUUGGAUCUGAACUACACUUUCAACACUCUCAUUCUCCACCACACUCCCCAUCACCAACACCCCCCUCCCCCCCAUCCACUCGCCGCGAAAAUGAGCCCACCAUCAUCGCAGCGGUGGGCCGCAUGGUCGUUGACGCUGUUGGUCGCCGCAUGGCUCUUCGUCGCCAGUGCAUCAGCACAUACACCACACCAGCCACCAGUGCGCCGAGUGCACAUCCCCGCCGGAUCGUCGCUCCGUGUGCUCCCCCGCCGCACAGGACAAGGCAACCUGGCGACCCGCUCGUUCCUCGCACCGCCUCCCCACUCGCUUCGUCACGAUGACACGCUACUCCUGACGGCCAAGCUCCCCGGUCUCAUCAACCACGACGUGCAUCUCCUCUUGCAUCCCACCGAGAACCUGUUCCACCCCGAGGCCAAGGUCGUCUUCCAGAACAGUGAAGGUGCCCGCGCCGAGCCCCUAGUCGCUGAGGACUGGCGGGUCUACCAGGGCGAUGUGAUCCGCCCCUCGUUUGUCAAGCGCCUCUGGGACGAGGAGGCCGCUGGCGUUGCCCGCGACGCAAGCGACAAGAAUGGCGUCCUCGGCACGGCCAGCGUCAUGGUCCACGAUGUCGGAGACAAUGAGGUACUGUGGGAAGGUGUCUUCACAGUCAACGGUGUGACCUACAACGUCCUCACGCGGCAGAACUACGAGUUUGCAAAGUCUGAGCGCGACGUCGAUGUGGACCUGGCAGAGAUGGGCGACAUGGUCGUCUUCUCAGACGCCGACGUCUACCACGAUGCCGCACAGCUGGUUGGCGGCAAGCUCCCAGAGCUGUGCUCGCACGACAAGCUCGACUUCAACAUGGACCCUGCCCACCCCGUCCGUCGCAGGGACGGUCUCCUGGCCCAGCGUGACGAUAUCGGUGGAGGCGGUGGUCUGCCAGACACCAACUACAUCAACACGAUCAACUCGACGCAGGGAUGCCCUACAUCGCAAAAGGCCCUGUACAUGGGUGUGGCGCUCGACUGCAACUAUGUGUCCAAGUACACCACCACCGACGCCGCUCGCAAGAGGGUCAUCAGCAACUGGAACAUGAUCUCCAACCUCUACCGCCAGACGUUCAAGGUCUCGAUCGGCAUCACGGCCCUGGUUGUCGAGGACCCCAACUGCCCUGCGACGCCACCCCAGGACACGCCGUGGAACGUUGGCUGCUCGGCAGGGUAUUCCCUCGACGAGCGUCUCUCCAUCUUCAGCCAGUGGCGUGGUUACCGCGGCGAUGACGGCGCAGGCCUCUGGCACCUAAUGACGGCUUGCACCACCGACACUGAGAUUGGCGUUGCCUGGCUUGGAACUCUGUGUCAAACCGACUCGUCUCAGUCCAACGUGCAGCAGAACCAGUACGUCUCGGGCACUGGUGUCUCGACCGCCACGACCAACGAGUGGAGUCUCACCAGCCACGAAAUCGGCCACAACUUUGGCGCCAUCCACGACUGCACCAGCGGAUGCAGCCUCUCCAGCAAGUGCUGUCCCUACUCGCCUUCGAGCUGCAACGCCAACGGCCAGUUCAUCAUGAACCCCAACAGCCAGCCUGGCGAGGUGUCAUUCUCGGGCUGUACUCUUGGCAACAUUUGCAGCUACAUUGGCAGCAAGAGCUUCACCUGCCUCGUCGACCCCAACUCUCAGCAUGUCAUCUCGCUCCAGCAGUGCGGCAACGGCAUUGUCGAGCCUGGAGAGGACUGUGACCCCGGCCUCAAUGCCACCUCGGCGUGCUGCGACGUUACCACCUGCAAGUUCCUGCCCAACGCCAAGUGUGACCCUGCCAACUCGGCAUGCUGCACGCCCCAGUGCGGCUAUGCGUCGGCGGGCACAGUCUGUCGUCCGGCCGUCAGCCCCCAGUGUGAUGUGGCAGAGGUCUGCUCUGGAACGAACUCUACCUGCCCCAAGGACGUCACCAAGCCUGACGGUAACAGCUGUGGCAACGGCCUCCAGUGCGCUGCCGGUGUGUGUACAUCGCUCGACCUGCAAUGCCAGAAAGCUGGUUCCAACCUCAACCUCACCAAGGCUUGUGGAAACCGUGGCGACAAGUCGUGCAUCGUCACCUGCAAGGACCCGACCGUUGCGAACCAGUGCACAAUCCUCCAGACGCCGCUUCUCGAUGGCUCCCCAUGCGGCUACGGAGGGCACUGCUAUAACGGCACGUGCGCAUCGGGCUCGUGGAACAAGGUCUUUGAGAGCUGGUACACUCAGAACCUACAGAUCUCGAUUCCUGUUACAGUGGCCGUCGCCCUCGUCGUCCUCGUCAUCCUCUACGGCAUUUUCCGCUGCUUCGCUCGCUGCUGCGCGUCCCGCCCUCCCAAGGACAGGCAGAUGCCCAUGACCCAGACUCGUUACAACGGAGGCUACCCUCACCCCCAGAGGUCAUCGCCCACGACCGAGAAUGGCGAAUUCAAGGCUGGUGACCCUCUCCUCGUUCCCGGAGGUCUCCCCGCCUCUCACCAUGCCCGCCACACGUCGAGUCACUACAGCGACGACUCGGGUGCCGUUAGAGGUGAACCUCAUCCCGCUGGCGGCUACAGCGACCCAUACGCCACUGGACCCGGAGGCUACGGCAACAUUGACGACUACCCUGCCAGCCGCGACAGCAACAGUCAGCAGAGGAGAGCGCCGAGCGACUGGGUCGACGAGACCAUGUACAACGGGGCCAACUAUGGCCCUCAGGAGGCGGCUGGCGGUGGCGGAUACCAGAACCACCAGUACGCGCCGUUCGACAACCAGCACAACCAGGCGCCGCCGCCGCCACCGCAGGGGCAGCAGGAUGUCUGGCACGACGCGCACGAGACGAACCCAAACCAGAACGCACCCAACAACCCUUAUGACCAGCAAUACCAAUCUCAACCUCAUUCUGGUGGCUACGGCUACGCACGUUAGACCCACAUAUCUUUGAACACUGCGCAGUGUCAAGUUUGAAGACCAGUCUGUCUCAUCACUCAAGUCAUAUCUCCCUCGAUGGGCUUGUACAAUACCCCGUCACGUUCAUUCAUGUAUCAUGCACACUGAGA